UUAUUCUGGUGUAAAUUUCUCGCUUAACUUGGGUUAGAUAUUUACCGGAAAUUAGCGUUGCAAGACGCCGCGUAGUGUAACCAUGGUAAUUCUCGCGAGAUCGUUCGUAACUUCGCCGAGUAUAAAAGUCACGUGACCGCCACGUUCUAUCUUUCAGUCCGCAAAUUCAGCGUCGCACAACAUUUAAAAAAUCUAGAGUAAAUUCAGUUAGCAGUUUUAAGCAUGCCAGGUCGUGGAAGGGGCGUGAAGAGAAGGGGCACGGAUAAACGUGGCCCGACAACAAGGGCAGCCGAGGCUAAACGAGCAAGGCCGGCAAUUGACGACGGCACAGGUCCGGACAGAGGUAGGCAAAAUACACCAAUUAUUGAUUUUGAACAGAUAAUUCGUGAUUCUGAGGUUGUACAUGGCAUUCAAAGUAGAGAAACUCAAACUUUCAAUAAUGAUUUUGAGUCAAAUAAUUUAUUUUCAAGUAGAAAUAAUCCCGACUCAGAACAAAACAACACUCAAGGUGAAUGUCCGGUAUUGACCGCGCAAAAUGCGGACGUUGUAAACCAAAAUGAUGGCUCAAAUUGUUAUGCUAACGCUACCGACAAUUAUACAAUGUUAGGUAAUAAUGAACCGUUAGUGAAUUUUAACAAUUCAUUGAACUAUGCAAAUUCGUUUCCUCAAAAUUAUGACAUGACACGCUUGGCGCAAGAUGAUAUCGCUAUUCAUGUUCCCUCAAGCAUAAAGCAGAAAAUAUGCGGGGGUGAAUAUAUCAACAUGGCAUUACUUCUUAAGGGUGCGGUGGAACUUUCAGAUUUUGCCUCGGGAAGUACUUUGCAGUUUUCUCAUGAUGGUACAAUUACUUGUCGGCCUAAAGAGUGUAAAGAUGACAUCGGAAAUAUCGAACGCUGGUCCGAUGCUUUUAUCAUUUUUAUGUCUGUCUAUUUAACGGCAUACCCAAACAAAGUUCACGAACUCCUUCAGUAUUUCUGUGUAAUACGGGAAUGCGCAUCUCGUCAUGGGGGAAAAUUUUGGAAAAUGUAUGACGAGCAAUUUCGUCUGCGUCAAGCUAGCAUGCCUUCGUCAUGGGCUAUCAUUAAUCAUGAAUUAUGGUCGCGGUUAAUGCCGUCCAUAUACGAGCCUACAAGGCAAAGCCAGAUAAAGCAAAAGCCAGCAGACAUAUGUAUUCCUUUUAAUAAAGGCACGUGUAACUGGUCAUACUGCAAGUUUCGGCACGCGUGUUACCAUUGUGGCCGUUCACAUAGCUUGAUGAAUUGUUUUACCGGUACAAAACAUAACAAUGGAGAGACGUUCUCAUUGCCAGAAAACACAGGGGGUAAUUUUCAACAAACUGGCCGAAAAAACCUUUUUCGAGGGCGUGGAUUCUGGCGUGGUCGUGGAUUCAACCAGUAUCGGGGCUCAAGGGGUUCAAACAGAAAGUAAUAACUU